AUGACGGCGUUUUACGGCACCAGCAACGCCUUUGGAACGAUAGAUCUACACUCGCCGCUGAAGAUGUCGCCACAACAUAGAAAUCCAAUAUUUCAGGGAAUGAGUCCAGUCGGGAAAAUGGGCCAGCAUCAGUCUAUCUUCACAGGGAGCAUGUCCCCCAACUUGAGGGUGGUUACUACUGAUUGGUCGGGCAAUAGACGCGGUGGUGAAACCGCUUCAUCGGGCCAGGAAAGGAGUGCAGCAGGGUCACCUAAUAAGAGAACUCUACGCAGAACCAAUACUGCAGAUAGGUUUAUACCUGCAAGACACACUGUCUCGGGGAGACUCAACCAGGAAGAAAAUGUUCCUCUUCCAUACGCUUCACCGUCUGCUCACAUAGAAAGCCAAAGCCAGAAGAUUUACCAGAACACAGUUGCUGAGGCAUGUGGUUUGGAUGUCAGUGAGAGAAUCCUGCAAUUUCAACCAGCUCCCCCAGAAAGCAGAAAGCCAGCAGAUCUCAAGUCUCAAUACCGGAGCUCCGUUCCCAUCCAACCGUCAGUUGCCCAUGCAAGGGCCAAAAGAGUCCCCACAAACCCAGAAAAGGUCUUGGAUGCUCCCGGGAUUGUGGACGAUUUUUAUCUGAAUCUCCUGGCAUGGUCCUCGCUUAACGUUCUGGCGGUUGCACUGGAGGAUGCGGUGUAUGUUUGGAAUGCUUCCACGGGCUCGGUGGAGAGUCUGGGAAGUUGCAACUGUCUCGUAACCUCAGUGAGAUGGUCAGAUGACGGGUAUUAUCUUUCGGUGGGAAAGAACGAUGGCUCGGUGGAGCUGUACGAUGUCGAGACUUUGGAGAGAGUGAGAACCAUGAAGGGCCACGAGGCCCGCGUAGGGUCUCAAUGCUGGAAUCAACACAUUCUUACUUCGGGCUCAAGAUCAGGAAGAAUAUUCAAUCACGACGUUAGGCAGCAGCAGCAUAUCGUGGCUACCCUUGACGGUCAUUCAGCUGAGGUGUGUGGAAUUGAAUGGAGAAGUGAUGGAGAACAACUGGCAACAGGCGGAAAUGAUAACGUGGUAAAUGUAUGGGAUGCGAGAUCGUCAAUUCCAAAGUUUACCAAAACAGCACACAACGCUGCUGUAAAGGCGUUGUCAUGGUGUCCUACUCAGCAGUCAUUGUUGGCCACAGGAGGAGGAGCAGCAGAUAAACAAAUCCAUUUCUGGAACACAACGGUAGGAGCACGUGUUAAUACGAUCGACGUUGGACACCAAGUUUCCUCCCUAAGAUGGGGAUAUGCCAAUGGCAUCGGAAAGGAGAUCUGUGCUACCCAUGGCUCUUCAUACGAUAAUGGAGUCAGCGUGUAUGCAUACCCUUCUCUCCAGAAAACAGGUGCAAUUGCACAGGCUCAUGAGUUGCGUAUUCUAAACAGCGCAUUGUCCCCAGAUGGAAUCACACUGGCAACGGUUUCAGCAGACGAGAACCUCAAGUUCUGGAAGCUGUUUGACUGUCCCAAAAAGUCAGAUAUGGUCAGCUCUCUGACUACAGGAAAGGCUAUGGGAAAAGUAAUGACUAUCAGAUGA